AUGAGCACCAUCAGCGAUCGCAAUGCGCCGCUCUCUCCAGUGUCUGUAGGCGGCAGCGAGUGGUCCUUCUCCCGAUAUCAGGCCAACGACAACGGAAUCCUCCCUCCUCACGGGAACCUCGUGUCGCCUCCCAACUCUGGAGGUUCCCCUGGGAUCAUGAGCAUGAAUGGCUUCCCCCCGGGGCCUACGAACACCGGCGGCCCGUCACCACCGCCCUCUGUGGGCCGAUCUAGCAAUGGCAUGAACAUGUACGCGCGGAGCGAGGCUGGAGGCGACAACUCGCCCAUUGCCCCGAUAGACGAGAACGUCCUCGGCGAACACUAUGUUGCUCUGCGGGCUUUCCUGCAGCAGCGCGAUCCGAAUUCCAAACAGCAGCCCAACAAGGCCCGCGACAAGCUGCUGCGACUCUCCCCGGUGCAGUUCUUCGAGUUGAGUACGGACGUCUACGAUGAGCUGGUGCGUCGCCAGACAGCAGCACGCAUUCCUCCCAAUGCGCCAAACGUGCCGCCAGGCUUCCUGUUACCAGAGAAGACCUUCCACCCGAAGCGGAACCAGGCUCGCCAGAGAUUGUCAUCACUCGGACCUCCUCGAUUUAGGGAUCUUGCGGCCGAUGUGUUUCACGAGCUGGAGCGCAGGUUUCCGCAAUUCGUGGGCGGCGACAUCCCCCGUAUGGGCAGCUCCAUGUCCAACAGAGGCGGCCCAAUAAAUCGCACAGGGACUCCCGUUAAUGGCGGCGACUACCCGCCGAGGGGACAGAGCCGCGGCCGAAGGCCAUCAAACGCCAGCUCCAUCAGAGGACCGCCGCCGCUUGAUGCGUACGGCGUGCCUCCAUCACCCAGCAUUCCUAAUGGCAACUACGCUCGACCAAUGCCGCGGCACCCUACUCAGAAUAACACCAUUGUCCCUAACAAGAGCACUAUGAUUGAAGAGGAUGACGAUGGCUCUGAUGCUUAUGGAGCUGGAGAUGGAGAAAAUGGAGGAACUUCAGAGGCGGAUAAGAAAGUAAUCGAGGACUACGAGGCAAAGGUGAAGGAUUUGGCUGCCAGGCUCACAAGCAUGGAAGACGCAAUGAAGAAGAAGGAAGAGGAAAUGAACAGUUUGCGAGACAACCAGUCACAAGCCGCAGCCACAGAAGAAGAAAAACAGGAAUGGGCAGAUCUCCGCUCAAACCUCGAGAAUAAACUAACAGAAGCGGAGAGUAUGAGCAACUCACUGAAGCAAGAACUGGAGCGUGUGCGCGAGGAUCACGAACAGGAAACAAAGCAGCUCCGAGAACAGGUACGGCAGAGCAUGAGCCAGAUGUCCUCUACAAGCAUACAUGAGGAUUUGCAACGAGAAAAUGACGAACUGCGACACUCGCUGCAGCAACAGCAGCAAGUGACGGAAGAGGCGCGAGCCGAGGCUCAAGAGUUUUUGCGUGAGAUGCGACAGCUUUCUCUGCAAAGUGGAUCAAAAUACGAAAGACAGGCAGAGCUUGAAAAGACGAUUGCACAACUGGAGCACGAAGUUGGCGAAUGGAGGAACCGCUACGCGAAAACCAAGACUCAGAUCAGAAGCCUUCGAGGCUCUUCCGCUGGAUUCAGCGUAGACGGAGAAUCCACGAAGCUACCAAGCGACAACACCCUGCUGGAUGAGCGUGGCCAGGUCAAGGAUGUCCACGUCACCAAGUACCAGAUGGCCAUCGACGAGCUUUUGCAGAAAGUUCGUGAAGAGAGCCCGGAGACUGUCAUCGAUGCCAUGAAGGGGGUUGUGGUUAGCGUCCGGCGAAUUACGAGAGACCUGGACGAGGCUGCACCACGCGGCAGCGAGGCGGCCCAGCAGCAUGGAAAGCUUAGGGCAAGAAUUUCUGCCACUGCAAACAAUCUGAUCACCGUCUCCAAGAGCUUUGCGACGAGCUCUGGCAUCACGCCAAUCGCCCUUGUCGAUGCUGCAGCGUCUCAUCUCACAGUCGCUAUUGUUGACAUGCUCCGAGCUGUGAAAAUCCGACCAACGCCUCUUGAGGAGUUGGAAGACGAGGAAGACGGGUCUGUAACUCCCAUCGACUCCUCCGGUUUCUUUUCCCCACGCAGCGUUGCUCGAGGAUCAGCAACCCAGGACGGCCUACCUCCUGCUCCUGCUUUCAAAAACCUUGCCAGUAUUAGGGCGAGCAUCGAGUCUUCGGCCUAUAGCCCUGUAAACUCCCCUCGAGAAUCGAUGGCUCCAUAUGCAAAGGGGGUGCCCAAUGGACACAGUGAUGAGCAUAACGACGGCCAGAUCGAAGGUCUCCAGAUCUAUCUUGAAGACCAAAACGCACUGUUAUUAUCCGACGUCCAUAAUCUUGUUGAAUGUAUUCGCGCCAAUGGGAAUAUCCGCCAAAUUUCCAUGGAAAUCGACUCCAUUAGCGAUAUCGUUAGCAACCUUGUCUCGGAGACCCAGAACACCGGCCGCGGUAGCAUGGUGACUCGCCUAAGCAAAUGCCGGGACCACCUUGUCGAAGCAAAACAUCGUGGACAGGACAUGGCAGAUUCAGGAGCUCAUGAACAAGAAUGGGGUAACUGGACCCAGACAUUACCACCCAUUGCUUUCGAGGUUGCUCAAGAAGCCAAGGAGCUUGUUGAUGCCAUAGGAGAGCUGGUAGCAUCAUCACGAGAUGCAGAUGACUUUUCAUGA